UCUCGCCCGCAGUUCUCCGUCUGCCUCACCAUCGUCUUCCUCCUGCAGCUGGCAGCUGGCGUGCUGGGCUUCGUCUUCUCCGAUAAGGCGCGUGGGAAGGUCAGCGAGAUCAUCAACGGCGCCAUCGUGCAUUACCGGGAUGACCUGGACCUGCAGAACCUCAUCGACUUUGGGCAGAAGGAGUUCAGCUGCUGUGGGGGCGUCUCCUACAAGGACUGGUCCCAGAACAUGUACUUCAACUGCACCGCUGCCAACCCCAGCCGGGAGCGGUGCUCCGUCCCCUUCUCCUGCUGCCUGCAGGAUGCCGACCAG